CGGCGGCGGCGCAUUUUACGCACGGAGUUCCACAGAGGCGCGCGGCAUGAGGCCGAGCGGAGGUUAAUGCGGCUGCGUGAUGAUGACCGGUGUGCGCAGCUGUUGGGUUUCUCGGACAGAACGAUUCCUCAGUUCUUUUCACCCACAUCAGACAUGAGUCGGGUUUAUUCGUGAGGUUAGAGUCGCCGGGCCGUCCAUGUGAAGUCGAAACGCCAGCUGGCCUUUGACCCCCCCACCUGAACAUGGACGUCCGUCUUCAUGGCAACUCCAACUUUAACCAAAGAGUCAACGGAGGAGCCCGUCGCAGCUCCAGAUCAGGAAAGGACGAUACUCUGAAGUAUUUAAGCCCAGAGGAGCAGGAGACCCUCCAGUUCUUUGAGCAGACCAUCGACUCUUUGGAUGACAGUCUGGAGGAGCAGGAGAACAGGAGGUCUGCACAGAUAAGGCCCCAAGUGAACAGCCAGGGGCCCAUAAGUGUAGUCAAUGGACCCUCAGUCUCGGUUCCCAACCCUGGAAUUAGCGCAACUCCUCACCAGGAAAUUAUUGACCUGGUUCACCCUGACCUGGAUUUGAUGCCACCCAGAGAGCCGAUCUUCAACUCCACCAACCCAGAUUUUCGCCACAUGCUACCUGCCCCAGCAAGCCAUUUUGAAAUAAAGCCCAGGCACGAAAGCAUGGCUUCAGAGUACAACCUUCCCACCCCAAACACCCCACCCGACGGCCACUCUGCCUACCACCCCCCAGGCUCUGUCCCCACCCCUGUCCUGAUCGCACAUCAGAUAGCCGAGAACCAGGGUGGUGGAACCACAAGCUUCCAUCCAUCUACAUUCCUUCGUCGCCUGAGCCUGGAGUCUGAAAAAACCCAGGUUGACGGCUCAGAUCAUCCAUCCAGACGCGGUCCUCCUACUUCUGCCAAGCCUGCUCACUUACCUGCGAACAUCAGCAUGCUGCAGCGCAGCAGGGAGCACCUGAACCCGUCCGGGUCUGAUGAGACCAUUCACGAUAGACAAGAGUCACAAUCCCUCGUCUCGCCUUCAGAACAUUAUCAACAAAGUAUAGAGACGAAAGUUCGAAAAGCUCCUACUCGUAGCAUUUCCUUCAAGGAUCCUACACCAGGCAAAUCCAGAAUGGAGGCCCUGUCCAAGCUGGGACUGACGAGAAACCGAGCUAUGUCCGGAGAUAAAGCCAUUGAAAACAAACCUCACGGUACACCAAUGGAACCCCUCAUAGUCACAACCCCCGGCACCAAAACUGUAGACACUAGUAUCCCGCAAACUACACAAAACAACCUCCCACAACCUGCUGGGACAACACCUUACUACAUCCACGCGGACAGAAAACCAGAAGCCCCGCCAACGCAUGUCCACAGAAGCAACAACACUAGAAGCACCCACCUGACCCCAUCUUCUCCGUCCAUCACCCAGAGCAGACCCACUACACCUCAGAUGGAAAACACCUCCCCUAACCAUCCCUCUGAGGUCAACUCUCUGUCCUUCAACCACUACGGAGGGAAAUCCAUCAUGGUUAACUCCACAGUUCAAACUCGGAGUAACCCGCCAACCUCUCCAAUCAGAAAUGAACCCAAAAUUGUCCUGCCUGCGCUCUCCAACCCCCCAGAGGCCAAUCUUUAUGGAGGAAAGACAAAAGUCAUGAAUCCUGGGUCCAUGAACAGGACUGACCUUCCUGACAUCCUCUGCUCCCACAUCAGCCAGAAUCCAGCAGCUCCGACCAGGCAGGAGCCGCAGGCUGCGGAACUCAAUAGCUACGGGGGCAAGAGUCUAACCAUCAACCCCACCGCUGGUGGGAAUCCUUCUACAGGCAGCCUAUCCAAGAGCAUCAAAGGUCCGGCGCCAACUCCAGCUCCAAGGCCGGCUCGGCACUCUUACCACGGCGCUCUUAGUCCCCCAAAACAGGCACAAGCCCCGCAUCCCGAACGGCGGAGAUCCAAUUCCAUGUUUCGCCCACAGGGGAUCACAGUGCAGUUUUCUGGACGGGGGCCGAUGAACGACUCCCGCAGGGAGGCACUGAGGAAACUGGGACUGCUAAAGACCUGAAGAACUAUUCCAAAGCAAAGGCCACCUCCUGAGCUUGAAUCAUCUGCACCAGCCAGAUGGGAAUGACGCAGAACAGCAUUCCUCAUUUUUUUGGAGGUGUGGUGGAUUAGCUCUCACAGAGGAAUGGACCUUGGAACCGCUGGACCUGUUCAGCCGGUUCUCCCCGUCUGGACACGAAACCUCCAGACGGCAAAGAAACUGUUGACAUUUUUCUCUGACAGGAACCUGGAGAACUACUUUGUGACAGGAAGACACUGAAUACCUCUGGACAAAGAUCCAAGCGACAUUUUGUCAUGUGGCUCACCUCUGCUCACAGAAGGCCAUGAUCACUUCCAUUGUAGAUUGUUUUUUUUUUUUUUAUGGGAAUGGGGAAUUUUUGAAAUUAUUCAGUCAGUGCUCUUAGAGGUUCAUCUGUCAUCUGCAGCCUGAAGCGCUCUGUAGUUUGUACUCCUUACAGGCGCACACAUCCACUUCUGUAAAUAAGCUACGGCUAUUAUUUUAACUUAUUUCAUUACAUUCAACCAGAAUUUCCCAAAACAAAAAAAAAAAGAUCAGAGUGAUCCUCCUGUCUGGAGAAUCCCAGCUGGAGACGGAUCUCUGCUCUGCAGUGAAAGCAUCAGUUUGAGGAAUUAUUAUGAAAAACACACAAACUACAAAUGAUUGAUGUUUAAUGAGAGGUCCAGAGCAAAGGCUCAUGGGAAAACGGGAGACCAUGGUGUAAGCCAGUAACAAUUUCAAACAUGAUUGAAAAGUCGUCUCAGUUCACAUGACGGCGAAAGGAUUUUAGGAUUUUGUGACUCCAUGAAUAAAGAAAGUAGUUAAUAAUUCAUUUAAUGAGGAAAUUCUGAAUAUUUAUUAAAAAAAAAGAUCAAAGUGUGAACAUGUGCCCCUCAGCACAUUUGACAGGGAGCUGUUAUAGUCUUUAAAGCUUUAAAAAAUAUGUAUAACUGAAAUGUAAAAAAAAGGGGAGGGGGAGUAUUGCUGUGUUUUCGUGUCUGUUGGGAUGGACUCUGUUCCAGGGGGACUCGUUUUCUUCUCAUUUACUCCAAAGAAAACAUGGGAUUUUGUUUGUCAGCUCUUUGUAUGAAUUUAAAAGCUCCUUCCACGACAGCAGCUGACCUCCUUCUGAGGGGGAGGAGCAGCAAAACACAAGGAGGAGAGGGAGAUCCAGGCGGGCCUUUGUGCAGCUGGAGGAUAUUUUUACUCCACGGAGCAUCUCCCACAGCGAACCCACAGAGGGGCGUGAGGUCAGGCCGGGCGGACGGAGCCCUUACAGCUGCUUUUUAGGGAGGUCACUUCUCCCAGACAUCUGCAGUCAAACCGCACAAUCCAGAAAUACACUCUGGGCAAUGUGUGUUUUCUUUUAGUGGUGUGUAAUUGAAGUGUUGUGUGUGUGUGUGUGUGUGUGUGUGCGUGCGUGCGCAUGUGUGUGUGUGUGUUGGGACUCCGGCCUCUGUAGCUCACCUACAGAAACUUUUGAAGGAUUGAUCUUUGUGUACAGACUCCGGUUCUUUGUAGUACAUCUACAGAUAUUUUGAAGGAUCUAAAACUCUUUGACAGGAAAUUUAAAGACCAGAAGAAGAGCUUUAGUGUGCGUUGAGCGGGAAAUGACGAGGUGGAAGACGCUGAUCAACUUUCACACCACUGAAAUGUUUAUGUCAUAAUCUAUACAUCCUCCUUUUUUGUCACUUAUUAAAGCAGUACGUUUGACAGAG